UCGUCCCCUCGAACUGUUUCCGCUCGGCUCGUCGUCCUCCUCACUGCCACCCUGGCGUGCUUAUCUCCUCCGUGGGUCAUGUUGGAAAACAUGUCUCGCCGUUCCCGCUCCCUCCUCUCCCUGGCCCUGACCACCCUGGCUCUGGCCCUCUCCAUCCUUGCUCUGUGUACCUCCUACUGGUGCGAGGGCACCCACAAGGUGGUCAAGCCCCUCUGCCUGUCGCCCGUCAAGAUGAAGAACUGUGGGCAGAACAACAGCGAGCCUUACACCACAGAGAGCCCCACCCAGAACCCCUACAACCGCACACUCUCUCCCCAGAGGAGAGACGAGCUGACCAAGAUCCGCCAGAGGCAGCUGGCCAAUGCCGUCCACUACAUCUGGGAGACGGGUGAGGACAAGUACGCCUUCAGAUACUUCCACACGGGGUUCUGGGAGAGCUGCGAGAAACACAACGAUGGUGAAAAGUGCCGAAGCUUUAUUGACUUAACUCCGGGAGAAACACAAGGUGUGUUGUGGUUGUCUGUGAUAUCUGAGUUC